AUUAUCACAAAUUGCGUAAAAUAAACGCAGUUUUAAAUAGUUUUACCAGAACGGCAGUUCGGGGAGUGUACGAUGACCAUUAGUAAUCUGAUCAGAUCACGAUGCAGUCUGGCGGCCGCGAAAACGUUCCUGGAGAAUGUGAAAUCGUUUUCCAGCCAUGCGACUUUCGCGGAGCACAAACCGCUAGAAAAGAUUCGUAACAUCGGUAUCUCGGCGCAUAUCGACAGUGGUAAGACGACGCUGACCGAGCGUAUCCUGUUCUACACUGGCCGCAUCAAGGAAAUGCACGAGGUGAAGGGCAAGGAUAACGUCGGUGCUACGAUGGAUUCGAUGGAGCUGGAGCGGCAGCGAGGUAUCACCAUCCAAUCGGCUGCAACGUAUACGAUCUGGAAGGAUCACAACAUCAACAUCAUCGAUACGCCCGGACACGUGGACUUCACGGUGGAGGUAGAGCGCGCACUGCGUGUCCUCGACGGUGCCAUCCUGGUGCUGUGCAGUGUCGGUGGAGUGCAGAGUCAAACGCUUACCGUGAACAGGCAGAUGAAGCGUUACAAUGUACCCUGCCUGGGGUUCAUUAACAAGCUCGAUCGAUCCGGUGCAAACCCGUACCGUGUGCUCGGACAGAUGCGCUCCAAGUUGAACCACAAUGCCGCGUUCGUGCAGCUACCGAUCGGUGUUGAGAGUAACUGCAAGGGUGUGAUCGAUCUGGUCAAACAGAAGGCGCUAUACUUUGAGGAGCCGUAUGGGUUGAAGAUCCGAGAGGAUGAAAUCCCUGCCGAUAUGCGCACGGAGAGUGCCGAACGGCGCCAGGAACUGAUCGAACAUCUAUCGAACGUGGAUGAGCGAAUCGGUGAGCUGUUUCUGGAGGAAAGGGAAGCCACAGUGGAGGAUAUUAUGGGUGCAAUUAGGAGGUCGACACUGAAGCGCACCUUCACGCCGGUUCUCGUGGGUACGGCGCUGAAAAACAAAGGUGUUCAACCCCUGCUGGACGCCGUGCUGAACUACUUGCCACACCCGGGCGAGGUGGAGAAUAUUGCACUGGUAGAGAAGAAAGAGCAGGAAGCACAGAAGGUUAUCCUUAACCCGGCCCGAGACGGAAAGGAACCGUUCGUGGGGUUGGCCUUCAAGUUGGAAGCGGGACGUUUCGGACAGCUUACCUACCUGCGCUGCUACCAGGGGGUGUUGCGGAAGGGCGACAACAUUUACAACUCGCGAUCGGGCAAGAAGAUCCGUCUGGCGCGACUGGUUCGGCUACACUCGAACCAAAUGGAGGACGUAAACGAGGUGUACGCGGGCGAUAUAUUUGCCCUGUUCGGUGUCGAUUGUGCCUCGGGCGAUACGUUCGUGACGAACCCAAAGCUGGAGCUUUCGAUGGAAUCGAUCUUCGUGCCCGAUCCGGUCGUCUCGAUGGCGAUCAAACCGAACAACUCGAAGGAUCGCGACAACUUCGCCAAAGCGAUCGCACGCUUCACAAAGGAAGAUCCCACGUUUCACUUUGAGUAUGAUCCGGACAUCAAGGAGACGCUCGUGUCGGGCAUGGGUGAGUUGCAUCUGGAAAUCUACGCCCAGCGGAUGGAGCGCGAGUACAACUGCCCGGUAACGCUCGGUAAACCGAAGGUGGCGUUCCGUGAAACGCUCAUCGCGCCGUGCGAGUUUGACUACCUGCACAAGAAGCAAUCGGGUGGUCAGGGACAGUUUGGUAGGGUUACCGGCGUGCUAGAGCCGCUACCACCGCACCAGAACACGUUGGUAGAGUUCGUGGAUGAAACGAUGGGCACGAACGUGCCGAAACAGUUCAUCCCGGGUAUCGAGAAGGGCUUCCGGCAGAUGGCGGAAAAGGGUCUGCUGUCCGGGCAUAAGCUAUCCGGCAUUAAGUUCCGACUGCAGGAUGGUGCGCAUCACAUUGUCGACUCGAGCGAGCUGGCGUUUAUGCUGGCGGCCCAGGGUGCACUCAAGAGUGUGUUCGAAAACGGAAGCUGGCAGAUUCUCGAGCCGGUCAUGAUGGUGGAGGUGACCGCCCCGGAGGAGUUUCAGGGUACGGUGAUUGGACAGUUGAACAAACGGCACGGUAUCAUCACCGGCACCGAGGGUGCCGAAGGGUGGUUCACGGUGUACGCCGAGGUUCCGCUGAACGAUAUGUUCGGGUACGCCGGUGAGUUGCGCUCGAGCACGCAGGGUAAGGGCGAGUUCAGUAUGGAGUACAGCCGGUACUCGCCUUGCAUGCCAGAGGUGCAGGAGAAGCUGGUGCACGACUAUCAGGUUUCGCAGGGGUUGGCCGUAGAUAAGAAGCAGAAGAAAAAGAACUAAAUCCGUAGGCACUUGGUGUCGUUCCCCCCCUUACCCCCAUGAAUUUGUACAUAGUUUUGUUUUCGUCAUGCUAAGAUUAUAUGCUGUAAACGUAUUAUAAGCGAAAUAUAUCAAACACUCGACACGACGUUCGGUGCUAAAAC